GCCAAAUUGCCAAUCGACAUUACAUUAUUAAUCCCUUCCUAGAGCUUCUUCAAUCUUCACCACCAAUUCCUUUUUUCCUUUCUUCCCUCCAUUUCUCUCUCCCCGUUUCCAUUUCUGGAGCUGAGUUGGGUUUCCCUCCUCCAUUAGUUUGUAUCAGCAAAUUUAGCCAACCCUGGUGGGAUCGGAAUUAGCAUUUUCCGGUUUCCGGUCUCCUCCCCCUUUUAUAAAAGGCUUCUGCAUCGUUGCCCAUUGAGGGAAUCUAUCUUCUUGGGCGAAAGGAAGAAACGGGCGGAGCUCAUUUCGGUUUUCCAAGGGGAGGAUUUUGGUGAAGAAAGUGAUGAACUGAGAGGUGAAACGAAAGGGGGGAAGAAGAAGAAGAAGAGAGGAGGCUGCAUAGGGAACUUCCUUUUCUUCCUUCCACCACCAAUAAGCUUCGAGGUUCAUCAUCUCCUUCUUCAUCAACCCAAUCCUAUAUUUGUCCUCCUCCACCUUUGGAAAUCGGGUACGCCACCUGUUUGAUUUUAUUCCCCAACGACUACCCAGAUCUGAUUUCUCUCUUGCUGUCCACCUAGUUUGUCCAAAGAACACUUCUUUUGAUUGGGGGAUAUUAAUUAGGUAGAUUAGAUAUGGGCCUCUGUAUCUAGACUUAUCCUUCCACCAUAUCCGAAAGUUCAUCUUGCUUCCUCUUCCAGGUGUCAGGAACCUAUAUCAGAUCUCAGGCUGUCCCACCCACCACCACCACCACUGAGGCAGGCAGACCCCCCUUCCUUCAGAAUUCUUGCUUUCUUUACUUUACUUUUCCUUCUCUUUUUACUGGGUUCAUCAGGUCCAUCCCCCAUUUGUGCUCUCUCUGAAAAUCCAGCCCUCUCUUUGAAUGACAGCUGUGGGAGCUGUCUGUACGAAUCAAGUUUUAUUGUGGUGGUCAUCCUGUUUCGACAAAGAGAAAAGGAACCAUUAACAAGUGUUAAUUAUUCCUUUUCUGUUUUAAAAGUCUGGGAUUCUUGCUUGUUUAAGGUGACAUCUCACCCUUUUUCGUUUUCUUGCUGCUUUGAAAUUUUAUUCUGAUCCGAGGGAUUCCAGGGAGAAUAGAGAAGGCCCACCGGUGGGUUUGGUGGGCUUUCUCAGUGACCAAUCAAACACCUUCGUUUCAUUUUCAAAGAGGGGGGUAUUUUUCCAUUUAUUAUUCUUGUUGUUUGUUUGUUUGUGAAUGAUAGAUCCCACUUUGCUAAUCUUCAGCAUUUUAAAGGUGGGCUGUUGAGAGGUAGAGAGAAGACAAUUGGUUUGGGCUCUCUUUGCUCUGCCAAAAUUUUCCCCUCGCCCAUCUUUUUAUACAUAGCUUUCCCCCACAAUUUGUUCUUCUUUCAUUGAUCUUCCUUCCACUCUUUCCCAUCUAUUUAUCCCAAAAACGGAAAUUUGACUCAUUAUAGAAUUCUCCCAUUUCCUAUCUAAAUGCUACUUUACUUCUUCAUCACUUGUUUCUCCUUUGCCCUGUUUCUUAAAUCGCUCCCUCUCAAGCCUCUGCCUCCAUGGGCAACUGAGAUGAGACUGCUCUCAGUUUUCUUCUGGAAAGACUUGCUUAUGGGUUCAUAUUUUGGGUCUGCAAAGAACAACUUUUUAAGCCUUCUCCACAGCAACAAGAGAAUGGUUCUUCUAUCUGCUUCAAAUGCAAAAACUGAGAAAGCAGCUGGGGAAGAAGAAGUAGACGGACUAGAAUCCAUGCUAGUCUUGGAUUUGCCGGAACUGGCACUUGAAUGCAUACUUGAGAAGCUAUCCCCUGCAGGGCUUUGCAGCAUGGCUGCUGUGUGCUCCUCUUUGAGGGAAAGGUGCACAAGUGAUUACUUUUGGGAAAGGCAUAUGAAGCAGAAAUGGGGCAGGAUAAUUGGUCCUGCUGCUUAUAGAGAGUGGCAAUGGCAUCAAGCUUCGAGAAAGGAUUUGGGAAGCUACAAACCAGGCGAACAAAAGGGGUGGUCAAGGCUUGUUUCUGCAGUUUGGUCUGCUUUCCCUUGGAUCAAAUUGAACGCGGAGAGUCAGAAUGACAGCAAUGAAAAUGGUUGCAAGGAGAGAAGUUGUAGCUUGCCUGUUGAUUCAACCAUGGCAUGGUACCUUGCUCUUGAGAGUGGCAAGUUCUGGUUCCCUGCACAGGUCUACAACAGAGAGAAUGGUCAUGUAGGGUUCAUGUUGUCAUGCUAUGAUGCUGAUCUUAGCUAUGAUCCUCGUACUGAUACCUUCCAGGCCAGAUAUCCACCACAUGGAAGGAGGCCAGUUGCAAUAGAGACCGGUGUCCACUGGGAAAGGCUAAGAGCACCUCCAGUUGAUACUUCUCCUCAUGAUCUCCAUGCCUCUGAUUGCUUACAUGAUUUGAGCCCUGGUCAUCAUAUUGAGAUUCAGUGGAGAAGGAACAAGGAAUUCCCUUAUGGUUGGUGGUAUGGAGUGGUUGGUCACCUGGAAGCAUGUGACGGGAACGAGCAUUAUUGCCGGUGCCAUAAUAGCGAGACCGUAGUGUUGGAGUUCCAUCAGUAUGCUCCAGGAUCACGGUGGAGGCGAACAACGGUGAACAGAAAGGACCAUCGAGAGGAAGGGAAUGAGGCGGAUGGGUUCUACGGCGGUGUCAGAAAGCUUAGCAAAGAUGACGAAAUCUCAAGGUGGAAACGGCUUUGGCCUUCCGAAGUCCUGGAAUGAAAAAGGGUAGCUCCAAAGUUCUAAGCUUUGCCGCCUUCUGGUACACAUACAAGUUCAACUACUCAAAUUGUUGUUGUGACUUCAGUCCAUAGAAAGAAAAGAAAGAAAGAAGAACCAAGAUGUGUAUAUGGAAAAUUUUCGAGCAGUAUUGAAACCAUUUCAAGAACCCCCUACAUUUUGUUGUAAACUCUGCCAUGAUUGCAGAGAACUAUAAGGUGUAGGCUCUUGGCAUUAUUUCCCCCCUUUGUUUUUCCUUUUUGGGACUUCUCUUUCCCAGGUGAAGGGAUGGCUGCUGCCACGGUAAAUGUAAGAUGUCAUCUCAUUCAUAGAGAUCUCUUUUGUACAAUAUGCCCCCCAGAUGAUGAUUAUAACAUGAACAAUUUUCAGCUUUCACUUAGAAGACAAAUGUUCAGUCUCGUUCCUAGCUAUUCAAUU